GUAACGCGUGCACUCUCUCUCUCUCUCUCUCUCUACGGUAAAAUACUCCCAAGUCCCAUCUAUCCCCCACACCCUCAGUUUUCCGCACGCAUAGCUCCAGUUCCUUCCGCUUCAGCUACAGCUUCUUAUCUCUCAACAGCCCACUGAGGCAUUAGGCUCCUUUCUCUCGUCUCUGAGAGAAAACCAAGAGAAAUGGCAUUGCUUCUCCUUCUCUUUCUCACAUCCCUAUCGCUCUUCGUCAAUCCCUCACAGUCUGAUCAGCUCAGCUUGGAUUACUACCAGAAAUCGUGCCCGAGAUUCAACCAAAUCAUGCAAGACACCAUCACCAGCAAGCAGAUCAACAGCCCCACAACAGCCGCCGGAACUCUCCGCCUCUUCUUCCACGACUGCCUCGUCAACGGCUGCGACGCCUCCAUCCUCGUCUCCUCCACCCCCUUCAACUCAGCCGAGCGCGACGCCGACAUCAACCUUUCCCUCCCCGGCGACGCAUUCGACGUCGUCGUCCGCGCCAAGACAGCCCUCGAGCUCGCCUGCCCCAACACCGUCUCGUGCGCCGACAUCUUAGCCGUUGCCACUCGCGACCUUGUUACCAUGGUGGGUGGUCCCUACUACAACGUCUUCUUGGGACGCAAAGAUGGGCGGGUCUCUAAAUCAUCCUAUGUCGAAGGCAAACUUCCAAGAGCCACAAUGUCUAUGUCUCAGAUCAUUAAUCUUUUUUAUUCUAAUGGGUUCUCGAUCCAAGAAACGGUGGCCUUGUGCGGUGCUCACACCAUUGGGUUCUCUCAUUGCAAGGAAUUCAGCUCCGGGAUCUAUAACCAGAGCAGCAAGUAUUCGCAGUACGAUACGCAGUACAAUCCGAGAUUUGUUCAGGCGUUGCAGAAAGCUUGUGCGGAUUAUCAGAAAAACCCCACGUUGUCGGUGUUCAAUGACAUCAUGACUCCCAACAAGUUCGACAACAUGUACUUCCAGAAUCUGCCUAAGGGGUUAGGGCUGUUGAGGUCGGAUCACGGCCUGUACAGUGAUUCGAGGACGAGGGAAUUUGUACAAAUGUACGCGGCGGAUCAGAACAAAUUCUUUGAGGCGUUUGGCAAGGCAAUGGAGAAGCUUAGUUUGUAUAAGGUCCAGACGGGGAGGCAAGGAGAGAUUCGGCAUAGGUGUGAUGCCUUUAACUGAGAAUCAUGAGUUGAAACCUUUUUCUGAGGCCGUUCUCUGUUUUGAUUGUUGGUGCGAGCGAGUGUGCAAUGAAUGAGAAUCUGAUGGUGGCGGUGGUGGUGGUGGUGAGGACGAACUGUAUAUGUAUACAUAUACAAAUAUAUAUGUAUAUGUAUAUUUAUACAUGUAUUUGUAUUAAUGUCGUAUUGUCAAGCUCAAAUAUACACAAUUAUUUUAUUUUCUGGGUUUCAAAUUAUAUUUUUUAUGUUUUCAGUUCUUCAGAAUUUGUGUAAAGUGAUCAUGGCGCAGCUGGAUAGAGAUCUC